AUGCUUCCAGACAGAUCCUCCUCCUCUCCAGACUCAGUCACCGACCAAAAACUCCCCUCCACCUCCCCCUCCCCCGCCUCCUCACCACCAUCCCACGCCUCCCUCACCGACGACGACGACGACCUCGCCUACGACGGUCUAGACGCGUCCCCCGACUCCACGAUACGUCCCUCGACCUUCGUCUCGCCAGACAUCCAGCGUCUGCGGCGUGAUCACUCGCAGCAGGGAUACCUCGAGGGCGUCACGAGCGGGAAACCGUCGUCGGUUCAGAAGGGGUUUGAUGAUGGCUAUCCGCUCGGCUCUGAAAUCGGCCUCUGCGUGGGACGUAUAAUAGGCAUCCUGCAAGGUCUGCGGGGUUUUGUCUCCAGUCAAGCAGCAUCAGGAACCUCUAAAUCUACAGACAACGAACUCGCAAAGGUAGAAAGGGUCGAGCGCCAUCUCCGCGCUGAACUCAUGGACCUGCCUGUCCUCUUUGGCGAUAAAUACUGGGCCGUGAAUAAAGCGACGGGCGAGGUUCUUCCGAGAUGGAUCUCGGGAUCGAAUGGAUUGUCGAUCGAGAGGGAUGAGAAUGCGUAUUUUGAGGCGGUCAGGGAGAUGGUUGAGCGGGAUCCGGGCGUUGUCGCGAGGUCGCAUCCGCUGGUGCAGAGUUGGAUAUUGAGGAUUGAAGAGCUGAGAGAUUCGAUAUUAUCUACUUGA